AUGGCAUCUCACGUCCCCUUCCUCGCACUCCGACCCGACGAGCAAUUCAGCACCCAGGUCGCGGAGAACGAUACAUCCGAUACGAACCGCGUCUCGAUUUCCACCAUGGCGAACAAUCUCGCGCAAAGGCUGCCUUCGAGCCUUCGCUUCCCCAUCGCCGUUCUGGUCGCUCUCAGCUUGAGCUCUCUGCUCUACUCGCUGGCGUCUGGCCUCACUGGUCAUGAGCUCGCUGCCGUCAGCCGCAAUCUCACCUCAGAAUGGCACAUUGGCGCCAUGCUGGCAUGGAAGCUCGCAGAGCUUUACAUUGCUUGGUAUGCCUGCUACGACUGUAUGUGGAGCUGCCAGUGUUUCCUCACGAUGAUGUUUGCCCACACUCACUGACUCUCCUCGUGCAGACGUCGACCUCGCCUACCUGACCCUGCUCAACCAGGUGCCGCAUUACUUCCUCUUGAACACCUUUUUCGGCAUCGAUCUCGUUGCUGUGCUGAUUCCAUUGGCUAUCGACGUCACCUCGGUCGCCAUUCCAUUCGCUCUGCUUCGCGGUGUCAAUGCAGGUCACGCGGACUCGACUGUCAAAACCCCAAACCAACUGAUCGCGCAGGAUCUUCCCGUUCGACUCCUCACCGCGACGUUUGGAGCCUCGGUAUACGCUUUGGUCAUGUAUUUGGGCUUCCAGACAAGAUUGACCCUGUGGAUGGUCACAUACUUCGAUGGCAUUCGAGACCUCCAGAGGGCUCACGAUACAGAAGUUUGGGCUCUUCUUGCGCUGUUCGCGCCCCUAGGAUUUGCGGCCACGCAGUUCAUCUUCGUUCCUGCGAUCGGUUCUCCUGGGAAUCCGGGCCUUGAUAUCGUUUCCCCUGUUCCACAGCGACGAUUCGAUCCAAAGACGGCUACUUUGAGCGAGACCAUCGCACGAAACCUUGGACGCCAGGAGGGCUUCUCGCGCAGGACGGAGAUACUGGCGAAGCGGACUUUAACGCUUGCAGCCUGCUGCUUCGUCAACACCUUUGUGCGCUCUUAUGUCACCAUCGAGGGCACUGAGCUGAUCGGUGCCCUGUUAUACUCCGGAGUGUGGUCUACUGCUGCUCUGGCAUCCGGGCUGGCUUUUGGUUACGUCUCAUGGGAGUAG